UUAGCUUCUUUCGAUCUCUUUUUCCGGUUGCGCUUGCAAGUGAAGGUACGUUUUGUGGCAAAUUUGCUGGAAAAAGUGUGGCAAAUAUGCCUGGAAUCACCGUAAAGGACGUUGAUCAAGACAAAGUGGUUGAGGGUGUUGCCCUUUUCCUCAAGAAGUCUGGAAAGCUGAAGGUGCCGGAGUAUGUGGAUCUGAUCAAGACCGCCAAGUUCAAGGAGCUGGCCCCGACCGACCCGGACUGGUUCUACGUCCGCUGUGCCUCGAUCCUGCGCCGCCUGUACCACCACAGCCCGGCCGGCAUCGGGUCGAUCUGCCGCAUCUACGGUGGCCGCCAGCGCCACGGUGUGCGACCGUCCCACUUCUGCCGGGCCGACGGUAGCGCCACCCGCAAGGCCGUCCAGGCCCUCGAAGCCAUCAAGAUGAUCGAGCGGCACGCGGACGGUGGCCGCAAGCUCUCCAGCCAGGGCCAGCGCGAUCUGGACCGCAUCGCGGCCCAGAUUUCCAGCAAGAAGCGCGAAGCGGCCAAGAAGGAAGCCGCCCAGGUGCUGAAGCUGCAGGAAUAAGCGUGUGUGUGCUGUUUUUUUUUUGAACGCCCGUGGGUAAAAUCCAUUUUUUUCUUGUAUUCCGUGCGCGGGAGAGAAAAGAAAACAACGCAACUCUGUGGAUGAAAGUUUGAAACGAUGGUGGUGUGGUCAGAAUAUAAGUUACUUGCUACUACUGUGGACGACAGCGAACCAACAUCGCGCUGUCGUUGAGAGUGGAAAACAAA